AAGUUAUAAAGCUAUAUAGAGUGAAAUUUAUCUUUUGAUCAAUGCAAAUUGGAUAAAUACCAUAGAUGAUUGAAUACACUAGUUGUAUGAGGCAAUUUACCAGGAUUAAUUAUUCAAAACAAUUACAACAGGAGAAGAGUUAUAUUAUAAAUUUGAAAACAAUAUGAAUCAGACACUUAACAAUUCAACAACUUUACGAUCAGAUACAAAUUUAACAUUAUACAGAGAGAAUAAUAUAGAAAUUUAUAGUGCAUUUUUGUACAGACAACAAUAUGUAUUAUUGGGGCAAUAUUAAAUAUAUUAAAUGUGGUUGUACUGAGUCAUAAACAGUUUGAAGCUACACCAUAUUUAUUCAUGACUGCAUUGUCAUUGACAGAUACUGGAAUAUUACUUGUUCAUCUACCAUCUGGUUGGGUGAGAUGCGCAACCCAACUUCAAAUAUGUAAAACUGAAGCAUAUAAACAAUUUAGGGUGAUACUAUUAUAUUAUGUAACAUACAUUGGAUUUGGACUAGGUAACAUCCUUGAAGCAUCAUCUGUAUGGAUAACUGUACUGAUCUCAGCUGAACGUUAUAUCAUUAUGAAAUGGCCGCAUUUGGGAAAGUUGCAUUUUACGCGUAGUCAAGGCAAGUGGCAAGUAUUCAUAACAGUUUGUCUAGCUGUAAUCUUUAAUUUUCCGUUAUUUUUUACAUUGAAAAUAAGUAGCUCUGUUGUACAAGGACCAAACAAUACAACAAGACGUUUUCAUUAUACUAAACUCACAUGGUUUGGUCAUUCAAAAUAUUAUCAUAUAUUUACAUGGAUACGUUUUGUUUGUGUUCAAUGCAUUCCUUUAAUAACCUUAUGUAUAGUUAACUUUAUGCUAUUGCGUCUAACAUGGUCAAGUUAUCACAAUCAAAAGAAACAUCAAUUAAGUCAACAGACUUAUAUGAAACGUUCAUCGGGUCCAGUAACAUCCAGUAUAAAAGCUAUAAACGAAGAUGACAGAAAAUCAUACAAAAAUACAGAAGUAACUUCAAGUAUUAUCCCAUGUUGUCAAAUUUUACCUUCAGUAGAUGAUGAAGGUGUCAAUGCAUUAGUUGAAUUUUCAAAAUGCAGUAGUUCACCACUGUCAAUUACCAAUCCUAAAGAUAAUAUUGGAAUUAUCAAGAAAAGCAAUAAUAAUAAUAAUACCAAUGAAAAUCCAUUAACUUUGAAACGUACCUCAUUAGCAAGUAGGCGACUGGAACGUUCACAACAAGCUAAUAAUAAAUUAUCCAUAUUAUUAAUGACUGUGAUAUUUUUAUUCAUAAUUGGUCAGAUUCCUCAAGCAUUAGCUUAUAUUCAUAUUUUAGAUUUAAUUGUACCACGAUCAUGCAUAAAAUGUCGACCAUUCUCUGCACUAUAUAAACACUUUAGCCAGUUAUUAUGUCUCAUUACAUCAACAACAAAUUUCUUUUUAUAUAUUGGUUUAAACAGAAAUUUUUGUGAAUGUUUAAAAACAUUAUGUCAUCUACAAUGCAAGUCAUAACGUUUGUUCAAUCAAAAAAAAAGCAAAUAUUCAUAGAAUGCAUUUAUAUUUGUUUUACAUAUUUUCUUUUACUUAGUUAUGUAAUUUCUUAUGAUUCACUUCAAUAUUACAUAUAUUGUUUCCUCAAGGUACUUGAACAGCGAUUGAACAAUCUGUUUGAGUAGGCAUGACCAAUCACUUUGAAAGAAAAGACUUGUACGACAUAUUUGCAUUGUUUUCAACAUAGUUUAUAUAGAUCAUGUUUUUCUGUCAAAAUGUGAAGCGUUUUAUGAACUAUGGCAUAACUUCGAAUAUUCGACUUUAUAAGUGUAUAUUUCUUUCGUACUCCAUAUAUAUAGUCAGAGGUUGCCUGUAUUCGUUUUGGUAUAACUAUUAAAAUGAACAUAACCCCACAAAAUGAUAAAGUGGUCUAGUUUAUUCGAUGCAAAGAAGAGAAGUAUUAUUUUCAAGUGUUUUUUUUUUGCAUUUCAAGGUGUGUCUGCAUUUCAGCAGUAGACUUCAUGAUUUCUUUGUACACCAUAUUAUUCCAAUUUAUCAUAAAAAGGGAAAAAAGACUUUCUGAAGUUUUGGCUAAUUUUAUUCAAAGAAAAUUGAGGAAGCAUUAAUUUUAACUGACAACUAAAUCAAGUUUUCCAAGUACUUGUUCGCCUGCACAAAACAUAUUAGUUUAAUGGUAUUUUUUGAAGAAAAUUAUGGUAAUAUCUUU